AUGCACUGGAACAUUCUUCUGGCUACUGUCGUUUUAGCUUCAGUCUCUAUCGACAUUAAGAAAGUAAAGAAAUCUUCCCAAGAGACCUUUGACGAUCUUAAAGAAUUUAGUAUGCAUAUUCGCAAUUCAAGCUUAUACAAAUCAAACGGAGCCGCAAAAAGCGAAAUUACGAAUUAUGUGAAUGUAGGUUUUAUUUAGGCCCAAUAUUUUGGAGAAAUACAAAUUGGGACUCCUCCAGUCUCUUUUAAGAUGAUUUUUGAUACCGGAAGCUCUUGGCUGUGGGUUGUGGGUAAAGGCUGUGAGCUUUGUCAUGAAUCCAAGCAGUUUGAUGAGUUAAAGUCGACAAGCUAUAGCUCAAAUGAUGAGGAAAUUAUUUUGAGCUAUGGGCAAGGAACUGCAUUUGGGCUAGUAAGUACUGAUAAUGUUUUUAUUGGGGAUAAUACAGAUUUGAAAGCCAUGAAUCAAUAAUAUGUUUUAUAUUGAAUAUAUAAAUUCAGCUGAAUAUAAAUAAAAAUAAAAUUAUGAUUGAUAUAACUGCAGCUUAUUUUUUGCUUUAAAUAGGCUUUGAAUGGAUUUUUUAUAAUAUUUAUUUUGAAGCACAAAGGUGUAUAUACAUUUUAUAGCAAAAAAAAAUUAAAAUAAAAAUUUACUGAAAUUGAUAUAUUUCGUUCUCGUUGUACAAGAUAUGGAUUUUGAUAAUCUAUGUACUUUUAUAAUGAAAUUUUUAAUUGCUAUUUCUUGCUAAUUAUUAAUCAUUUUUUCAAAAUAUAGUAUAGAAGCAGAUGGGAUUCUUGGCCUAGGGUUUUCUGGUCUUAGUAAUAACAAAAGUCCUUUAAUUCAGACCCUUAAAGAGCAAGGAGUAAUCCGCAAUGCAAAUUUCGCAAUUUAUUUAAAUGACGCUGGAUUUGAAGAAAAUGAUGACGAUAUUGAACCCAAAUCAAAUAUGAUGAUAGAUGGAUAUAACUUACUCCUCCCUUUGUGAGCGCACAAAGCUAUUAGAAAAAUCCCUAUUUUUUGGGUAAAAACUCACCCUCUAUGAGGAAACAAAAUUUUUUAUGAAAUAUAUAAGUGGGUAAUUAUUAUAAUGCCUUAUUAAAGGCGAUCGAGUAUCUAGAAGAAAAAAGAAGUUGAAAAACAAAACAGAGCUGAAACAAGCUAAAAUUACGGAUUGAAUAAAGCAUGGUAGUAAAGGCUAUUAGGUAGCGAUUGCUUCUAUAUAUAAUAGAUAAUUAUUACAAUGAAAUCUCUUGGUAAUUCUGUUAAAUUUUAAAACAGCUUGAUUAUAAAACAUAAAUUAAAUUAAUUUGCUUUUAAAAUAAUUAUAAAUUUAUAUAUAUUUUUUUUUUUAAAAAUGCAUUAGCCCCUCAUGAUUGAACAAAAUAUUAUUGUUCGCUCAUGGUAAGGAUUAGGAAAAUACUCAACUGAGAAAAAAUUCAAAUAUGUAGACUUAGUUUCAGCGCUCUACUGGGAAGUAGAAAUUUCUAAUAUAAAUUUCAAUGGGACCGUAGUUAAUAAUAUGACUGAUACAACUGCUAUUAUUGAUACUGGGACUAGCCUAUUAUUAGCUCCAUUUGAAGAUUUUGAGAAAAUUUCUAGCUAUUUUCAGGAGAAAUUUCAGUGUUUUGAUUUUUUUGGAUUUUUGUUUUGCCCAUGUGAAACAAUAGAACUUUAACUUAAAUUAUAGGUCUUAGCUGGCUCGCCUAUAGAUAACUCAGUCACCAGGGAUCCCCAGGGGAUUCACCCUCUUUGCAACUUCAACAGAGAGAACUUUGUAUGAUUAGCUUGUCAAGAAUAGGACUAUGCUCCAUCUUUCCUCUUCUUCACUGCGAGAUAUCAACACCUAUGAGAUAGGGCUCUUUGUCUCCAUCUCCUCCUUAACUUGCCGGCUCCAGUAUUAAGUGGAGGGCUAUAAACCUCUAAUGCUUGUGCUUAGGCAAACGAAGGUUGUCUACACAAAAAUUCCAAAAAAUUGGAAUUUCUGGCCAUCUCUGAAAAGACAAAUUAAUUUGAAUAGUUUAGGCAUUACCUGUAGAUGCUACUAAGCUUCCCCUUUCCAACUCUGAUCUCCUUUCCCUCAAGUAAAUUCCAAUCCUGAAAGCCGACUAAGGCUAUGCUCUGUACAUUACCAGAAAAUAUUGCCCCAACAAUGCCCAGCUGAGACGUCAUUUUUUAUAUUUAAACCAAUAGAACAAAAAGACGAAUAUCCAAGCCUUGAAUUUAAUUUAGGAGAUCAUGCCUUUGAAAUCCCUCCAAGCUCCUAUUUUAUGCAAAUAAAUGAAACUUGCUUUACCCUAUUAAUGCCUUUUGAAGCUCCGUUUUGGGUUUUAGGUGAUGUUUUUAUAAGGAACUACUACAUUCAAUUUGAUAUGGAAAAGUCAAGAGUUGGGCUUGCAAAAGCAGUGACUGCCAAAAAUCCUAAAGAAGAUGCCCAUUAUGGAUGGAUUAGCUUAUUAGUGAUUAUCCUCAUUGUUGUUAUAAUUGUUACUUUAGGAGUGCUAUUUGAAAGGAAAAUGAGUCAUGGAGAACAAAAAGAUGCGCCACUAUUGACUGAGCAGCCAAAAACCCAGGCACAAAGGGCAUCUGAAGAAGCGAGACUUUAG